AUGCGGACAACAGCACUCCCCCUCUUAUUCCUCCUUGGAGGAGCCGUCGCAGACCUGCACAAUAUCGCGGUCUGCGUCAGCGGCAGAAAAUACUCCGAAAUCGGCGGCACUCCCUUCAGCCCCAGCAAUACAUGGUCUAAGGACUAUGAGAUCCUACCGGCUGAGACCAAGUGUGCCUGCGACUUUUACAGGCAGCGCAAUACUGGCAAUAAUCAAUGGGAUCAGUGUCCUGAUUGUACCUUUGAUGGUGCCUACUGCAACUCUGCUGGGUGGCACAUUGGUGGCGAUGAGGCAAGUCCAUUCCACUGA